AUGCCGGAGAACUCCAGGAGGAAGAUGACUACUCCUCCCGGCGAAGGCCCUCCUGUCGAUCCCUCUCAGCCGUUGCCGCACCAGCCGCCCCUGCCGACCCAAGCCCCGACGCUUGCCACCAAGAAACCACGGCAGAGGAAGCGAGCCGAUCCUAAGGAGAAGCAAUCCAAGGCCCAGGCUAGGCAGCAGGAAGAAGAAGCAGAGCUGGCAGAAGACUCGCCUCCACCCACCCAAUCCACUGUGUACGCGUCCCCUCCUCCUCCCGGGGCCAUCUUUCAGCCUUACCCUUACAUCAUGAACCCCCCUUACCCGAUCAACGGUCCGCCUUAUUCUCAGCAUCCUCAAUUUCCGCCUCAAGCGCCGCAACAAAUUAAUACGGGUCCUCCGUCUCAUGGUCAUCAAUACGCGUACCCUAUGCAUCCAUCUCCUUAUGCCCCUUAUUCUCCAUACCCCCAGUACCAGCCCAUGGUAAUGUAUUCAACCGCUCCACGGCCCAGCGCCCCACCAGAAAUUUCUUAUCCUGCACCUUCGCCUGUAGCCAAUAAUGCAGGGGGUAAACGGAAGCGGAAAUCCUUUGCAGAAAGUAGCCGUAGCGGCAAAGGAGCCUCUGACGAAGAGGGACCCUCUGGCAGCGACGUUGGACGUGGUCAGUCCGCACAUCAACAGACCCAAGCUCAAGCUCUCAGCGAUCUCAAGAAGCGGACCAAGACUCAGCGUGCCUGCGACUCGUGCCGCAGUAGAAAAAUUAGAUGUGAUAUUCUGACAGAAACGGACCCACCCGUUUGUCAGCACUGCAAACAAUAUUCUUUCGAGUGUACCUUUUUCUUGCCCAUCACAGAAACGCGAUUCAAAAAGAAAAAAACUGAAGAAGAGGUACCUGAGAAAGAUAAAGCCGAAUCUUCGAGAUCCUUCUCUGCUCAUGUUGAGCCACAAGCAAAACGCGACGUUGGUGUUUAUGGGCCUACUUCACCCGCCCACCUCCUCCACUCUUCAGCCACCAUAUCUUCCCGGGUUUACGAAACUUACGACCAACGAUACCACCUCACUUACAAGGUCAGCAAAUCAGGCGACGGUUUAAUUCAAGUACAAAAACCCGUCGACGAACAACCUUUGACCCAUCCCAAGUCUGCAGAUCUUCAUAUAGAACGAGAUGUAAUCGAAAAGCUCGUCAACGUUUAUUUCUCGGAUGUCGCGCCAAUACUUCCCAUCAUUACAAAAGCCGAAUUUUUACAAACUUCGAAUCCGGCUCCGAUAUUGCUCUAUUCAAUGUGUCUCGUUGCCGCGGCGCGCCGUGAGGUGCCGCAAAAAGUUUUCGACUCAAUAAGAUUCGCUGUAAACAGCAUAAUCAAGGCGGAUGACGUUCUCUCCACAGCGUCGAUUGUCAAUGUGCAAGCGUUGCUGAUUCUGUGCAUGACAGGCGAUUGUCAUUCACAGUUUGUUCCAACGGCCUUGUCUGCCUUGUGGAUCCGCCUCGGAACGGCGAUACGAAUGGCACAAGAUUUGGGUUUACAUCGCGCCGAGUCGUUGACGCAGAACAUUGAACACAGGAGGAGAUUAUGGGGAGCUUGCCUCAUCUGCGAUCGAUGGACGAGCAUAGCAUACGGCCAUCCGUACAUGAUUGAUGUGCAGGAUUGCGACGCCCGUCUGCCAUCUUCUGGUGAUCUAAAUGAUCUCUACCUGGAUGAGCUUGUUCGCCUAAGCAUUAUCCUUGGCCGUGUGCAGAAAAUGAUAUAUAGUCCAUCUGGCCUCACGUUCACGACUGAUGAAAUGCUACACGAACUUCUCGCAGAUAUGAAACGCUGGAAAGAAGGCCUGCCAGACCAUCUCAAAUUCCGGGGAGCGGAGAGCUCCCAAAAUGCAGGUCUUCUUCACUUCCUCUUUGCGUGUGUUGGCAUGAUGUUCUGGCGUGUAUUCAUGAGGAUCAGUUACUCCUGUCCUUCACAUCUAAAGUUCGGUUUGACUGUGGAGCAAUGGAGCGAACUUGUGGCGCUAACUGCCGAUUGCAUUGAUUGGCUUGACGCUCACGAGCGUAUGUACGACGUUUGGUUGCCAGUUGCCUACGCGGCAACAUCGUGUGCUUUGGUGCAGUAUCAUACGUGUAUCCGCCGGAAAGACGAGGAUGCUCAAGCUAAAUUGCGGAAGUUGCGUGACUGCGUGAGGAGAUGGGAGGGAGCAUUAUCACCUGACCAUAUGUCAGCGAGACGCAAGACAGCGGAAAUCAUUGCGCUUCUUUAUGAAGCUACGCAAGGCCCACCACUCCCAUUGGAGGCUCCCGCCCUCAAUCCAACUGGAGGUGUGACAGUCAAGCAGCCUGUGAUGUUGGAUUAUCGCAAGGAUCCGACCCGACCGGGGGGAGGAGUUUUUAUUGCUCACGGAAAAACGCGAAUAAGGGAAGAAAUUAAAGAUGUCCCAGAGGGAACGAUCAUCAGUGCGCCCUCGGAGGAAGGUAGCUCUGAAGGUGAGGCGGAGUCGCAGGCCCCAGCGAUUUCUGCUCCUAUCGUUGCAUUUCACAAUAAUGACCGUGAUCGCGCCUUUUUCUCUUCUUCGCAAUUUGCUCCUCCGCUUCCUGGUGAUCGGUUGCGCCAAACCUUCUCUCGCUCUGGUCAUUCCUCGUCUAUGUCGCGUGGCCAUGUUACAAUGUCGACUCCCGUCUCGGCUAUCCGAUCGCCGGUAGAAGAUACAUCUGAGCCACAGCAAGUAAUGGCGUCUGGCUCAACUUCGGCACCAAUGGUCAAUUUCACGUCAUUGGCUUCUGGAGGAGAAAGACGCGAAAGUUUUGCAAACGUAAACCCGGCCAUGAACCUCCAGGCCGAUGCGGGAAGUGUACAGCUGAUGAACGUAUUGGACGCCGCUCAAGGAGGCAAUAAUCUGGCUGACUUUGCUUUGGCAGAUACCGAAUUUUUAGCAGGGAUACCUGGCCAAAUGUUCGACUGGGGUCAAUGGGAUACUUUCUUUUCAAGACUUAGCAGUAAUUCAGGUCAGGGCGAUCCAUCGUUCCAGCAGCCACGCAUGCAGAUGCAAUCAGAGCCACAAAAUCUACCCCCUCGUUUUACGUGA